CCAUUAAUGAGCUGAAGGUAGCCAGCGACUGAUGAAGUCUUGAGCGCACCCGCGUACCACGCUAGUAAUCAGGUUUGCCUCUUGAGCUUUUUGAUAAAUUGAAACUGACUCUUGAUUGAGUGACCCGCUGGUGCUACAUUGAUUUCCCAUAGAUACGACCUAGGUGGCACUUUACUCAGUUUAGUUGCCCGCUCUUACCCGCCGCGGGGGGACACAAGAAUGUUGCUUUGCUGGGUUUAUUGCAAAUCUGCCUCCUGAGUAGAUUCCUUUUCGACCUCAUCCCAUACCGCACUAUGGGCGACAACGACCCUACUAACAGCAGCGCCCCGAUCGCCCUGUCUGAAACGGAAACGUGCUUCGUUUUUUUUGGUAGAUUUCUCGCUCGGGGCUGCGGACUUAUCUGUGGUCCACGUCUUGCGGAUGAAGACAUACAGCGAGGGCAACGGCAAAACUACGAUAGUCCGCAUUUCCUACCCGCGCCAGCGCCACAAACGCAGACCGCCGGAAACAUUCUCCAGGGACCUCCGCCACCACAGCAUCAUGGACAGCGGCUCGUUAACAACGAGGCGUACAAUUUGCCUCCAGGAUGGAGAAACCAGUCCCAGAAGCUUGCCCUCCGGAACGAGGAGGACUUGCUAUUAAACUUUUCCCGUGCGCCGCAAAACGUCCAGAAUCUCGUGCUGAAAAGAAGUGAGCGGAGCGGUGUGAAUUUUGCUGACGAGGAAAUUGAUUACUCCGCUUACAGAGACUAUUUCGAACAGCAGGCGGACCAAUCCUCUUCCUCGGGCCGGCCAACUAUCCCCCCACUGUCAUUUGGGAGGGACAAAGAAACCGGGCGUGUUCUUGGCGAUGAAAAUGAAAAUGCUACGCUAUCUCAACAUCAUCGCAACGUCGUGGAGCCAAAGCAUCAAAGGAAGGCGAAUAACGCAGCCCCGGCUCCCCGCAACGUGGCAGAGGACGUAGAGCAGCCCAGCGGCACGCAAGCUGCUGCCUCGCAUACCAUUGCACCCACGACCGCCCUUGCUGCACCAAUCGACUUGAUCGGGGCCGCCAUCCCAGCGCUGCCCGGAAUUGUCGAGGGCAGAGAAUUGCACCAGCGGCCUCCUGCAGGUGUGGACCUGUCAUCGACAGGUGAUGGCUCCUCGACCGAUCAGGACGGUGCAACAGGUACCCCGCUCCGCCGCGGCGAGCAUCGAUCGAGCGUAGAAACAGUCAAAACGGCGCCGUCCGGUACCAGCACGACGAACGGGAGCGACCGUUUCAAAAAGAAACCGCAGAGACCGACGCUCGCGGCUUACUACGAAGACGAAGGUGCUCUCGUAGGCGAGGGAGGCUUUGGCGCGGUGUUCCUCGCACGACAUCGGUAUCCGCUGCAAAUUCUGGCCACUGCCGGCGCACAUUUUGAAUUAUUUCGUAGAAAUGACUACAAUUUCAGUUUUGCAUCACAUAGACAUGACACAGGAGCUGGAGCUCAAUGGCGUUUAGCAAGAAAACUGUACGGAAAAGACCUAUGCAGUGCAGCGCGGUCGGGCAUUUGUAUUGUAUUAGUUGAGGACCAAUGAAAUUCGGGCGGUUAAGAAGAUCCCGAUCAAGGUUCAGAAUAAGAAAUUCUUGUCCACGGAGUUGUCGUUGCUGCUGAACCUCGACCACCCAAACAUUGUGAAGAUCUACGAGUGGUUUGAGGAGAAGGGUUUUCUGUACAUGGUGAUGGAGUACUGCGCUGGGGGAGAACUGGAAGACAUGGUGUUUAAGGCUCGGGAACAGGUGCUUCUGCAACGGGAACAAGCACUCUUGUCGCAGUCCGCUGCAACCCCGACCUCCACGAUCGCUUCUUCGCCAGAAUCCGCGAGAGCGGGUGGAUCACUGACCGCGGCGCCAGCAGUACUAGAGCCUGCUGGUCCUCUACUUCUCCAAGAAAAUUACACCGAAACUGCAGACACGAAAGGCGCCGAUGUUUCAGCGCCGACCUCUAGCGCCACCCCCGCUGCCAUGCCCAUGGACCACGGUGGCAAUACGGCGGUGAAUAAUGCGGGUGCUAGCAUUUCUGGUUUCAAAGGCAGUCGGUACAUGUCGGCGGCCAUGCGACGCGGGAUUCGUGCAGAGAUGCAACAGCGCUCAAAACGCGACAGGCGUGCCGAGUCGAAGCUGAAAGCGUCGUCCAAAACAAAACCUCCAUCUCCUCGGGCAAACGCAACCGGGAAGAUCGGAGUCCGCGGAACAACUCGUCCAGGGAACAAUGGUCCUAUUCCGUCGGACUUUGGUGCGGCUGUGACGAACGAGAAACCGCAGUCGCUUCGAGAACGCAAAGACUCGAAUUUUGAGGAGGUUGACUUUCUUUCGAAGGAGCGCCGGCGCGCGCUCCGUUUUGGUGCCGGUUACAGCGAUGAUGAAGUAGCAGAAACUUUAUUUCCCGAACAAGGUCGGGGAGCUGGUACGAGUCAGCCCAACUCGCUGCCUGGAAGUGUCAGAAACAGUACGGCUCUCGCGAAUCGCCUCCGUGACAUGUACACCGGAGCCGCAGGAGGUGGGUAUGUCGAUCCCUACACAGGUACCGCAGCUGCGCAGCUGAUGAGCGCGACCCUAGAUUCUGCUAAAGCUGCGUCCUUGGCACCAGCGGUCAGUGCGCUACUCAGACAGGAUGCGGGCGAGCCUCUGCUGGCCAGCGAUCGGGUUUCCGAACUUACGUCUGAGCAAGUUGCACGGUGGGCAGAAUUAGAGCGAGUCGUGGUUUCUGAAUACAGUGCCGGCGCAAAUUAUGCGUCGAAUACCCAAACGCAACAAGUUUUUCCGGCCCCGCGAGAAACAAGCGUUUUCUACCCUGCGCCUGGGGCUGAGCUGGUUCUUGUCGAGCUUGCUGAUAAAGCAGACGCGGACGCUCGCAAUGUCGAGACGAAUCCGUUCUCCUCCUCGUCUGCCGCAAGCACUGCUUCUAAAGAGAAAACAAACUUCGGAGGGGGUGGCAGUUCCUCGGUUCGCAGUAAACUGCUCCCGCGCAAACAGAACCUGGAGCAGAUCAUGUCUGCGACCGCGGUGCUAUCACAGCAAAAAGUGGCUAUUUGCGUUUUUUGCAAAGGUGAAGUAAAGUAAAAUGCUUUUGCACUUGCGCGCGCAGAUGAGAUAAAAGGUAACCGUCUUUGAUUCGCCUAGCGGAAAGACGAAUGUUGCGAUUUUUUUUUUCUGAACGCGCCACCACACUAUUGUCGUUGCCGGAACAACAACUGUAUGUAGUACAAGUGGUCAUUUUUUUGCAUGAAAGCUCGCACAGCUGGCUACAACAAGUUUGGUGCAGCACCGAGAAAUUUCGAAGCACGUCCAGGAGCCUCCUACGGGGCCUGCUCCAGGCGUGCCUGUCGAAAGCUUCGUGGUUCAGCCCCUCAUGUCGUCUUCGUCGUCCUCCUCGGAGGACGAAAACGAUACCAACAGGCUGCAAACUGCCAGUCGGAGCAAAGGCGACGGGACAAAGAUUGGAUUUUCAGGCCAAGAGGCUGCGAAGAGAAGUGCGGGAACAGCAAAGGUUCCACCGCAUCCCGAGGGCGAGAAGCUUCCGGGGAUUCCAAGAGAUCACCAAGCGCGGUUGCAUUUUCCAGAGCCAAUAAAGUCUUCAUCCGCAUCGCGCUCCUCGUCGUCACACCAACAGCUGCCGAGUAGCAGCUUGUCCGGCGCCUCGUCGUCGGCUACUUCCACCAACUCCUUGGUCAGCGACGCACAUCCGCAAAUGGCUUGGUUGAAGCGGAGCUUCCUCCAGAUCUUUUCCGCGUUAAACUACUGUCACCGGUUGCAAGUGGUACACCGGGACCUCAAACCGCAAAACUGCUUACUCGAGUUUCCCUCUCGUCGCGCUGCGGUCAAGCUGGUUGACUUUGGACUGGCGGCUAUCGAAGAGGGACGGGACCUGCAUCGUAUCGUGGGAACGCCGUACUACAUGAGUCCCGAAGUGUGUGACCGGGAUCACGCCCAAAAAGUUGGUACAGUUGUGUUGAAAUAAACUUGGACUUGCGUCAUUGCUUGCUGUGUUCUUGGAAGAGAGUCAAUGAAGACUCGGUCGGCAUUUCUUGUGUUUCGUCGUCUUCAGCACUAGUAGGAACUUGUACUUCAUGAGUUAUUUCCUACUCUCGUCAUUUUUGCGGAGGACUUGAUAGAUGAUGAUGAUGAGGAUUUUGAUAGUGCUGCCCACGUCACCUGCGCGCUUUAGAUAAAUGAAAUUUUCGCUGAAGGUUACGACGAGAAGUGUGAUAUCUGGGCCUGCGGGGUGAUGCUUUACGUGCUUCUUACCAAGGAGCAUCCCUUUUUGACCGAUAUCCUGUGCAAAAGUAUCGUAUUCGUACUAAUUCCAAAUAUGCAUAUACAGAACUUUGUGGUUUUGCUAAGGCAAAUCCGCAUAAUACAAAUUUAAUUUGUAAUGCUAAGUCAAUUUGUAUUGCAAUUCAUACUGGUACGAUACUUUGACUUUACAUUUGAUAAUCGAGGCUGUGCAGCAAAAAAAGUGGCCGAAGAAGUUUUUCCACCGGGUGAAACACACGGCACCGCACGCCGAGCCGUUGCAGGCUCUGACCCCAAGCUGCAGGGAUCUCAUCCUCUGGCUCCUGCAGAAGGACGCAAAGAAGCGGCCCUCCGCGGCUGAAGUGGUUUUUCAUCCGUGGUGCCGACAACGAGAGGAAUUGAUGACGCAGGACAUGGCCACGGCCCUGAAGCGGCUGCUCCCCCACAGCCGCAAGCCCCGUCUCUACCGCGCCUUGCAGACUUUGGCGGUCCGGGAAGCCAGUCUGAAAGACGACCUGCUGAAGACGGAGCGCGCACUCUUCGAAAAGGUCGAUCGCGCAAAGGUGGGUUUGCUGGACCAGAAGGCGAUCGAGCGGGCGUUCCGAAAUUCGGUCGAGGACGGCGGUAUUAACGAAAUGAUCACGGACGACGAUUUGGACUUUCUUUUCGUCUCGCUUGACCUGCGCGUCGGCUCAGCAGAGUACCACUCGCGCCUGAUCGGAUACACCCAGUUUCUAGCCGCAACGGCGAACCCGAAGAUUCUCUGCCGCGAAGCUGUUAUUGACCGAGUCUUCGAGUACUUUGAUCUUGACAACAGUGGCACAAUCGAGCAAGGAGGAGUUGCGCUUAUUCUUGGGAACGACGCCAAAUUGGAACUUCCAGCAGAGUUUCAAGAGCCCGGCGACGUGAAGACCGAUGACGUUUCCAGUACUGCAAUCUCGCGCGAAGCCUUCCGAAAAUUGUGUAAGCAGCUCGCACGGUGCUACUCAUAG